AUGAAGGCAACACUUACUGCGUCUGUAUUUUUGGUUGCGUCCUACGUCGCGGCCAAGAAUGUUGCCCCAAGAGCAUCACCGAAGCUUGAUAUCUUGCCAACGGCGCCUUUCUGCAGGCCUGAUCGAGCAAGCACGGAGGAAGGAACUCUUGCGUUGCCAUUCAGACGAAACAUCUCCAACACUCGCAAUUCCCGGAUUUCUAGACGAGCAAAGAGGGCUGCUCUCAUCAACCUCGACAAUGCCUGGGAAACACAGGGCUUUUGUUUCGUGAACGUGAGCAUCGGUACUCCUCCACAAUCUGUGCAGAUCGUGCUGGACACGGGAUCAAGUGAUUUGUGGGUUCAGUCUGCGUCGAGUGCAUACUGCAAGGAAGCGACGGCGUCGUGUAGUACGUCGGGCGCGUAUGACAAUUCGAGUUCGUCUACGUAUGUCUACCGAGACUCGGGUUUCAAUGUCGCUUAUGUCGGCGGGGAGAGUGUGGAGGGUGAUUAUGCGACAGAAACCGUCUCGAUAGGGAAUGCGACUGUGAGUAACCAGACUUUCGGUUUAGCGACAGGGACGGUAUCCUCGACAUACGGCGUUCUUGGGAUGGGUUUUGCAGCGCAGGAAAGUGUCGUAAUUAACGAAGGGAACGGGUCUGCGUAUCCCACACUCCUCGAUAAUCUUGUUUCUCAAGGUGUACUUUCCUCACGAUCCUUCAGCGUUUACCAUGACGAAGACGCCGAUACAGGAGAGCUCAUCCUCGGCGGGAUUGAUUCCACCAAAUUUGAAGGAGAACUCGCCCUCCUCCCUGGUCUCUCACCAAACUCCACCUUUACUGUUCAGCUGGACAGCGUCUCCAUCGACGUACCAGGCGCGGCUUCACUAGAGGUUCUUACCUCGAAUGCGAGUGGGCUAGCAGUGUCAAUUGACUCCGGCACCACCGUCUCAUUGCUUCCCACCAAAACCGUCCAAUCAAUCGCAUCCUCCAUCAACGCAAGCUACAACAGCAACAUCGGUCUCUACGCAUUCCAAACUGAUGAUUGCUCUGCUGUUCUAGCUGCCAAUACGACGAUGACGUACUCCUUCGGUUGGGAUGCUGUUAACAUCACCGUGCCAUUGGCGAAAGCGCUUCUGCCGUUCACGGACUCGAUUGCGGGCAAGGUAGUGUGUGCGUUACCUAUCAUCGCGGUACCGGAAGGGAAGGGAUUUUUUGCGUUGGGUGACCCGUUUCUUCAGUUCGCGUAUGCUUUCUUUGAUCUGGAGAGGAAUGAGGUUGGACUGGCACAGGCGAAGACAUCGUCCGUGAUGGACUUGGUAGAUACGUCCAGCAUGUCGGGCUAUUCCAGUGCGGCCAGUAAGGCGACGACGGCGAGUGAAAGUACGAGUACGCCGGUGGUGCGACGGGCACUACUGACGAAGCAAGGAGAUGUGUUUCUUGACUAUCCGAUGACUGUGACCUACAAAUGGUACUGA